CAGGUGGAGCCCCACCUUGCUCGCCCGUCCUCACCGCCGCCAACUGCCGCCUCUUUGUCGGAGGAGGCGCAAGUGGAGCCCCACCUUGAUAUCACUCUAGAGACACCAAUGGGAGCUGCAGCCUCAUCGAGGUCCACGGCUGGGACGAUAACAACCCCAAAGAGACAAGGUUGCCGGCCGAAGAAAGUGUAUUCACCCCGCACGAAACAUACCUUAGAUAACCUAAGAAAAUCCCAAAACCGAUUGCGCAGGAACCUCUUCAAGGCGUCACAAAAGCUUGAUUUUUCGAAUUUGACACGACCUCAAAUCAAAAAUAGUCAUCUCAUUUCACAACAGAUUGACAUUACGCGGUCUAAACAUUUAUAUGAACAAUUCAGCUUUUCUUUGCGAUAA